AAUAACUAUGUAAGCACGCUCUCAAUAAAACUUCGUUGUCCCAUAAUUAUAAGAUCUAUCCUUUUCCCCAAAAAUCACCAAAACAUAUCUUGUUUUGAUCAUUUUUCCAAUGUCGAAUCAACAAUCAUCCUCUCAGCUCAUUUCAUUGCACAAAGAUGGUUUAUACCUUCUCGACCUUAACAAAACCACGUCUCUGAAGCUUGAUUUGCCCUUUACAUUACCGCCUCAAACCGAACCGGUCUGUAUCCUUCAUUGCCAUGGAAUGAUGUGUCUCACCCUCAAAGACAACAAUGAGUUAGCCAUUUGGAAACCUACUUCUAAAAAUUUCAAGAGAGUACCGAUGAUUAAACCGGGUCAAACCAAAAAUCUUUUGGGAUUCGGUUAUGAUCGGGUUUCUAAUGAUUACAAAAUUGUGACGAUUAUCGACCAGAAAACCUAUAUCUUUAGGUUCAAAGAAUGUUCUUGGAGAGAAAGCAUAUCAAUUUCGUUUAAAGAUUGCUUCUUCAAAGAUCGGACCGGUACGGUAUUGGACCAUUGUAUGUAUUGGAUAGCAGACCGGUCCAACAAGGAAAAAUCCAUCUUAUGCUUUGAUUUCGUUAAUGAAGAGUACUCAAACCUAAAAGUUCCCAUGAUGCUCUCAGGAUUGGAGUUCAAUUCAUGGUUAGAUGUUUCAAGGGGACAACUGUGCGUUAUCAGUCACUACCCAAGUCUAGAAGACAAUUUAUGUGUAUGUCGCCGAGAAAUUAGAAGCGGUUUGAAGAUUGUAAGAUGGGACAGUGACCCGUGGAUGAAUAUAGCGGGAAAUGAUGAAGAACCCGUUGAUAUUAGGUUUGCAUGCAUAGCAAGAAACAAUGAAAUCUUCAUAGUCGUACGAUCUCUUAGUGAAGAAGAAGAGGACAAGGUUUUGGUGUACAAUAAGGAACAGAACGAGUUCAUUAAAGUUCCAUUUUCUAGUGAUCGUUUGAAAGUGUUGGGAAGUAUGAGUAGUAAACUUACGUAA